AUGCAAAGAAGACAGCAGAUUCAGCAAGUUAACAGGAUACGCAUGACUCAUCAGGCCCUCGUAUUGGGAAGAUCGCCAAGCGCAAUGCGUCUGCAACAAGGCUGUGGAGCAAGAUUUGGCUUACGGGUCGACCCCGAGGAAUAUAACCCCCCGAAUCUCUGGCAAGCGGCCUUUGAUUUGCUGGAGGAAAAGCAGAAACAGAUUUUGAUGACUGGCCGCGCUGGCACUGGACAGCAGCAGAAUGACGACACUGCCGGCUCUGAGAUUCUAGUUCAGCUUGCUCUGGAUACAGUCAUUGAGACGGUCAAAAAGCAGUACGAUAUUCGCAAGCAGAAAAAAGAAAAAAGCAGGUUGCAUGAUUAUCCACGAAAGAUUCUCGGCGCUGCGUUAGGCCUUCAAGGGAUUAUUUCCGAGGUGGUGAAAGCGGUCCCUACAGGCCUUGCAUCAAGCGCUUGGACUGUCAUAUCCCUUGGAUUGAAUAUCACGCAGAAUUACCGCAAACAACAGGAGAGCUGGCUUGAAGCAUCCGCGUUUCUAUCCGAUACUGUUUCUCGCCUGACCUUGAUUGAGGUUUCUUACCGUCGCAAAAACCCUGCCACAAAAGACGGGGUGGAAAAUGCCUUGAUUCAAACCUAUGUCGAAAUUUUACGUUACUCUGCAGAGGUGAUGGCGAUUCAUGAAUCCAAUAGAGGCAUGAGAAUCUUGCAAGUCAUCGCGGCUAUGAAUGAUCUUCCCCUGCAUAAUAUCAAGGGUUCUAUUGAAAGCCAACAGUCUCGAUUGGAAGGGUGGCUUAGUAUUCAACAGUAUCUUGAGUGGAAUGAGAACGCACGUGGUGACGAGAUACUACGAAUCGCUCACGGCAUUGAUGAGAAUGUUAAAUUGUUGAACAUGCCCUGGGUUAGCAGCGCAGUGUUUGGCUGCUAUGACCGUUUCCCCGAGGAUGAAUGUCUCCCAGGCACCAGAGUUGAGCUUCUUGAAAGAGUCACUGACUGGAUCGACAGUCCAUCUGGGGGGAGUUUAUUCUGGUUGAACGGUAUGGCCGGGACGGGAAAGUCAACAAUCUCACGGAGCUUUGCUAGGUUAAUGCAAGAAAGAGGGCUCUUAGGAGCAAGCUUCUUUUUCAAAAGAGAUGAGACUGAUCGGGCAAACCUAAUCCAUUUCAUCCCAACGAUCGCGAGACAGCUCGCAGAUGCUUUGCCUGGUCUUCGAAAAAGUAUCAUGGAUGCAGCGGGCUUUGCCUCAUCCGAGAUCCCAGUCCAGUUUAAUGAGCUUCUCUGCAAGCCUUUGUCAAUGUUCACCACCGCCACAGGCCAAAGGCUUCAGCAGGUCAUCGUGAUUGACGCUUUGGACGAGUGCGAAGAUGGAAACCUGAAAGCACUCCUCCAGCUCUUGCCACGGCUCCAUAACCCUCGAUUCUCUGUAGACUUGCGGGUCUUUGUGACGAGCAGACCAGAGGAGCCUAUCGGUUCUUUGCUCAAAGACCUUGCAGACAAGGAUGAAAAGGCUGUUUUGCAUAACAUUGACGAAUCAAUCGUCGAGCGCGACCUUCAGUUGUUCUUCCAAAAUAAAAUGAGCGAAAUACAAAAAGAGAGGGAAGACGAAGAGCUCGAAGAGGACUGGCCAGGACAAGAGAAAAUCCAAGUGCUGGUCACAAUGACCGUUCCGCUUUUCGUUUCUGCGGCGACUAUUUAUCUGUCUCGGCAGAUUCGAGAUGUCGUGGGCUCGAUUGUCAUUCUUGAAGAUACACUGCCCGUUGGUCCACUCGCCGAGCUUAUUGGCAUGGAACGCCUCAUCGUCAAGAAAAGGGUCAAUUCAUUGUCAUCUGUUCUUCAAGUGCCCGAGAAGCCAGAUGACCCGGUGAGAGUCUUUCAUAAAUCCUUCCGAGACUUUCUUCUUGACCCCGAGACGGACAGAGAUCAAUUCGGUGUUGAUGAGGCUGCCAUGCAUGAAAGGAUGACAUUGAAUUGUAUCAAGAUAAUGCAAAGAGAAAAUGGUGGCUUGAAAAAAACAUCUGUCGUCUUGAGAGCUACGGGACCGAACGCAUUGAUAUUGAUGAUGAUAAAGUCACUUCGCAUUUGCCAAGGGAGCUGCACAAUGAGCAUUCUGGGGUUACUUCACGAGGCUGUGCAAACUCUUGAUACACUGCAGUCUCUCGUUCAGAUGCACAAAGACAGCCUGUCAAAAUUCUUGUAUGAUGCAAAGCGAUUUCUUCUCAAAAACAAAGCCAUCGCCGAGGAAGCACCCCUGCAACUAUAUUCAUCAGGACUCAUAUUUGCUCCCAGUGAAUGUACAGUCAAAAAGGCAUUUCAGAGAUUCCGGCCCCAGUGCUUUACUCAGCUACCGCUGGUGAGUCCGAACUGGGGAGCUGCCUUGCAGACGUUCGAAGAGAAGCAAAAGGAUGGCGAUUUCAGGACAGUUGCCCUCUCGCCCGAUGGUCUACUAGUUGCUUCAACCUCCUGGGGGGAUGGUGUAAAGAUAUGGAAUACAGCAACUGGCAGCCUUCAACAAACUCUUGACCACCAAUCUUGGAAUUUAUAUUCGGUUGAAUUCUCCCCCGACGGAAAAAUGAUAGCUGCAGCGUUCGAUAAUGGUACUGUCAGCCUGUGGGAUAUGACUUCAGGUAUAGGCGUGCUACAGCACACAUUUCAGGCGCAUUCGGACCACAUUUAUGAAGUGGUAUUUUCAGCCAAUGGCAAGAAGUUGGCUUCAGCGUCCAAGGAUGAGAAGGUAAAAUUGUGGAAUAUCGAUCAGAUUGGCAUAGAGGAGACUCUUGAAGGUCAUACAGCAGGUGUUCUGUCUGUGGCGUUCUCACCCGAUGGUAAAAUGGUUGCAUCAGCUUCCAGCGAUUGGACUGUGAGGCUUUGGAAUAUAGGCUCGAGCCCAGUCAGGCUACAGGCCGUUUUCAAAGGGCAUUCCAGCCUGGUGGGAUCCGUCGCAUUCUCGCCUGAUAGCAAGUUUCUAGUGUCAGGAUCUAGAGAUGAAACCUUGAGACUAUGGGAUAUCAAACUGGGCGAAUUGAAACAUACGUUCACCGGACAUUGUGUGUCUGUCGAAUCAGUUGUGUUUUUACCAGAUGGACAAUCUAUUGUUUCCGGCUCCUGGGACAAAACAAUCAAAAUAUGGGAUAUUUCCUCGGGGGCAGAGAAGUGCACCCUCGUGGGACAUACAGAUUGGGUCAGCUCUGUGUCCUUGUCUGGUGAUGGUACACUUUUAGCUUCGGGCUCGGAUGACAGGACUAUGAGGCUGUGGGAUAUCUCCCAGGGCAUCCCGGAGCAACAUCAUAAACGCGAGCCGCAAGCGGUUCCCUUCUUGAUAUUUUCGCCUGACCAGAGUCUGGUUGCUUCGGUACAUGGCAACGGAGCUACUCUUUGGAAUUCAUCCACCGGGGAACGCUUGCACUCCCUUGAUUUGGACACUAUGUACGAGGGUGCAGUGGCCUUCUCACCCGACAGCCAAACCAUUGCGUCGGGGUCUAGGGAUAGUGCCACGAGAAUAUGGUCUACUAGCUCCGGUACGCUGACGAGAGUGAUUGAAGGCCAUGGCGACGUUGUGUGUUCAUUGGCGUUCUCAUCUGACGGAACACUGAUGGCUUCCGGGUCAUUUGACAGCACCGUCAAGUUAUGGGAUAUGGCUUCUGGAGAACUGCUCCAGACGAUGGAGAAUCCAGGCGGUUCACCUUUCUCGCUUUCCUUCUCGCACGAUAACAAGCGAUUAGCUGUUGGUUGCGAUGACGACACUAUCAGAAUAUGGGACACGGAUUCUAGAGAAAGGCCGAGAACACUCCGGGAUCUCGACGACGAGUAUAAUAUGUUCAAUUCACUGGCAUUUUCGCCUGAUGAUAAGCUCCUGGCGGCUGGCGCGCAUGAGGCUCUGAGAGUGUGGGAUACUGUUUCCGGUAUCCAGAUAUAUUGGAGAGACGCUUACCUUAAAUUUGUGCCGCAAGUAUCAUUUUCAGACGAUGGAAGACUUCUCAACACGAAUGAAAAGCCAUACUCCAUUGACUAUGAUGAGGAAGGGGGGUCUGUUUCUAUUUCAGAGACUAGUUUCCAUAUUAAAGUACGGGAAGAUGAGAGUUGGCUACAGUAUGACAAGGAAAAGAUUCUGUGGCUUCCUCCCGAGUAUCGUGCGAACAAUGUGGCCAUCAAGGGCAACCUUGCUGUACUUGGUCAUGAAUCUGGACAGUAUUCGUUUAUCAGGCUCGCUGAUAUCGCUGGCGAUAGACCCGAUUUGCUGCCUGGGUGA